CCCUACACGGCCGUUUCCUACGUCUGGGGCAACGAUGAGGCACUGGAGCAUAUCAUCUUGAACGGUCGGCGCUUCCGCGUCCGGUCGAACUUGUGGUCUUGUCUCUACUGUGAGCCAGGACGCCGGUAUCUCUGGGUCGACGCCAUCUGCAUCGACCAGUCCAACCACGCCGAGCGCAACGUCCAGGUCCGUCGGAUGGACCAAACAUACCGUGAUGCCGCGUGCGUCUCGGUGUGGCUUGGGCUGCCAACCAUUCCCCGCGACAUCAUGAUGCUGCAUCCCGACCCACCGCUCGCGAAAACCAACGAGAUCGAGUCGUUCGAAUGGUGUGACGCAAUCGCGGACCUCGCCAACCGCCCGUACUGGUCUCGUUUCUGGGUGGUUCAGGAGUUUCUGCUUGCUCAGCAGGUUGUGCUGUACUGCAGCAAC